UUCACAUGAUUCACAGGACAUUGCAAAGUCAUUUCAAGUAAUUUUACCACACAGCUUAUUCUAUUCUCCCGGAUUUUGGGUGGGUCAAGUACAAUACAUACGGUACCCGUUGAACUCUCAAACCCUCCAAAAAACGACCAAAACCACUUCAUUUUCAUUCUCUCUCUCUCUCUCUCUCUCUCUAUAGGGUGGCGGAUCUCUCUCCCAUUGUCACGCCUGCGAUCAAGCUCUCCUUGACUCACUUUUCCUUUAUCAAAAUCCCACCUUUCUUCUCAUUUCUUACUCUUAUCAUUGCAGCUCUUUCAUUGCUAUCUUAUCCUCAGGAUCCCAUUAAAUUUGGUGUGCUUAUAGGUUGUUUUCUCUGUUGGGUAGCUUUCCUGUUUGUGGAUCAUUGCAUUGGUGAAGAAGAUAUUUGCUGUGGUUUCAAAGGUUUAUGACUUUAUGGUGUUUUGUGAAAGAUUUGGCGGUUUGCUUCUUGGAAAUUAAGCAAUUUCCAUUUGUUUGAUCUUUUUUGUGGGAAACCCAGGUUGUGGAUUUUGGUUGUUGAUUCAUUUGUUUGUUUAUCUUUGAGUUAUGGAGGAUCUUCCUGUUGAAGUUGUUGGGAACAUACUAUCCAGGCUAGGAGCCGCCCGAGAGGUAGUGGUAGCCUCUGCAACUUGUCGUAAAUGGCGAGAAGCUUACCGCAAACACCUUCACACACUGUCAUUCAAUUCCACUGAUUGGGCUGUUUACCGUGAUUUGACCCCUAUUCGGCUAGAAAUCUUGAUAACUCGAACGAUAUUUCAAACCACGGGAUUACAAGGUCUGUCAAUUCUGAUGGAUGAUGUUGAUGUGUUCUCAGCUUCCGCUGUCAUUGCAUGGCUUAUGUAUACCAGGGAAACAUUGCGCCGAUUGAUUUAUAAUGUUCGGACUUCUCCAAAUGUAAACAUUCUUGAAAUAUGUGGCAGGCAAAGGCUGGAAUCUUUGUUGCUGGCCCAUAAUUCCAUUACUGGGGUUGAACCCAAUUUUCAAAGAUUUCCUUGUUUGAAAUCCCUAUCUUUAAGUUGUGUCAGUAUUUCAGCAUUGGAUCUGAGUCUUCUCCUCACUGCCUGCCCAAAGAUUGAAACCUUGGAACUUGUGGAUCCAGAGAUUGCAAUGUCAGAUGCACAAGUGACAGUUGAGCUGACAAGUCCCACAUUGAAGAGUAUAUAUGUCGAAGGAAUCAGUCUGGACAAGUUUAUAUUGGAGGCUGAUAGUAUUGAGUGCUUGCACUUGAAAGAUUGUGCCCUUGAGAUUUUCGAACUCAUUGGAAAGGGGACCUUGAAGCACUUCAAGAUUGAUGAUGUUAGUGUGUUACAUCUUGAUAUUGGCGAGCUUGUAGAAAAUCUUGAGAUUGUAGAUAUCAGCAACUUCACAAUUAUAUGGCCAAAGUUCUACCAAAUGAUCUCAAGAUCGUCAAAAUUACAGAGGCUUCGCCUUUGGGAUAUGGUGUUUGAUGAAGAGGAUGAGAUUGUGGAUUUGGAAACAAUUGCUGUUUGUUUCCCACAGCUGAGUCACCUUUCAUUGAGUUAUGACUUAAGAGAUGGAGUGCUUCACUAUGGUUUGCAAGGGUCUUCUCACUUGGUGAAUGUGACUGUGUUGGAGAUUGGUUGGAUUGUAAUCAAUGAUCUAUUCUCACAUUGGGUUGAGGGGCUGCUAGAACGAUGCCCAAAUCUUAAGAAGUUGAUUAUUCAUGGGAUUAUUUCGGAGGCAAAAUCACAUGAUGAAUGCCAAAUUUUGGCCAGAUUUACAUCUUCCAUUGUUCAGCUCAUGAGAAAGUAUUUGCAUGUUGAGGUGCAGUUUGAGUAUCAGUAGAAAUCUGCAAAAUGCAAUAAUUGAAAUAUUUUUGGUUCUGAUUUGAUGUGUAUAGGCACAUACACAGGUAUAUUUUACAGCGUAGAGCUGGAACAUCUUUUCAUGCCUUACAAAUGAUAGCUCAAAUUUCUUCAA